GUGAGUACAGCACUAAUUCUCUAUUUGCAUAAAGUAUGUAUCGAACUUCUGUACAGUUUUGCUAGAAGUAUAAACGGUGACUUCUCGAAAGUCAAAUGGGUCACUGUGUGAGAAUGUGUCUCUACCUUUAGGAUGAGCAGAUUUGUAAGGUAGGUUUAAGAGGGAGCUAUAAUGUGUGGGAGAGCCAUCAUUGUCCUGCUGCCCUACAGAUGGCUUCCUAUAUACAGGCCCAGCCACCACAGGAGAGUUACCCACACCUGGAAGCCCAGCAUCUUCUGGAGAGGGAGACUGGGGGAAAUCCUAGACAGGAUGGUGCAGGGUUGCUACCUCCAGGGGUCAUGAAGCAGGUCACAGUGGACCACUCUGGAGGAGAGAACAUUAGCAACACAGUGGGGUCCAUUUACAUCUACUCUCCGGGGACUGUUGUCCUGGGAUUCAACAAGUCGGAGAGGAAGGUGGAUCAAGUGGAGAGUGGAGUAGAGGGCUGUCCCCUCACCAGAACACCCCAGCAGGAGUCCUCCUGCCCCCUCCCCGAGGGCACUGCUCUGGGACCAGAGAGAAUGAGUACACAGGAGGAGACCUGCAAAGAGCUGAGAUACCCCAUCCCAGCCACCAGCAACUGAGAACUAAAAAAAAAAUGGAAAUUAAGGAUUAACUAUGGAAAAAGCCUGAGGAGGAGCAACUUCAUUCAAUAUCAAAUAUCAUCUCUAGGGGAAGAAUGCAGACAGAUUAUUAUUUGCUACUGUAAAGACUGUUAGACUGGGUGACAUCCUUCUGUACAAGGAUUUCAAAAGUCAUUGUCAUUCUAUUAUGAAAGAGUGACAGUUUGUUCUAACUGUAUGUAAUAGUCUUAGCACAGUUUCAAAUUCACUGUAAGUCACUGGUGUGACAGCAGUGUUGGGACAGUAUGUGAGAGCAAUGCAUGGUCUGUUUAAUAUGGGGUGUCGACACUGUGAGUCGGAGUUUCCCAUGAUUGGGUACAUGUACACAAUGGCGCCAGAUCGUGUGAGAGUACGUGUAUCAACCACAGAAACAGUGAAGACAAGAAAUGCAUAUGAGGUGGGAAGUAACCUAUGUAACAAGUAGGGUUUGGCGUGUGAAGAGCUUACAAUUUCCAUUGUAAUGUAAUACAGGGACUGUCUGGACAAUUUAAACUCAAACAUAGCCAUGUUCACUGGUUAUAACCUUUGUUCUGUGAAUUUAUGAUCAAGACAUUGCUAUGUACAGUAGCUUACAGAACGAAGACAGAAGAAAGAUGAUUUUAUAACAGACAAUAGCAAUCUGUUCCAGUCUAUUCCUUGACGUAAAUGUACACAAAUGAACAAACUAUUUCAAGUCAUCUCUUUAUGGUGAAACCACUUAUGUAGUUGACUAUGACUGUGCAGCUAAUCACUGUCUGUUACUCAUGUACAGAACAAAUGUAAUAUUUUGUCUGUUUGACAAACGCAUGUGACGUAGGCUAUGCCAUAGCAUGAGCUGUUUGAUUAACCCCAAUUUUUUUUUAUCCUUCUGAAAUUGUAGAACUAUUUCAAGCAAGUAUUUACUGACAAAACACACCAUUUACGAUGAUUUCUGUGUUAGUAUGGAGGAAUGAAAAAUUGUCUCUUUUGUAUAGUAGUGGUGCUGAAAAUGGUGACUCAACAUUUUGUGAUUAACAUACCAAAUUUGGCACAGAUGUAGAUGUACAGUGCCUUCGAAAGGUAUUCAGACCCCUUGACUUUUUCCAACUUUUUGUUACGUUACAGCCUCACUCUGAAACAGAUGAUAUAAAACAAAAUCCUCAGCAUUCUACACACAAUACCCCAUAAUGACAAAGCGAAAACAGGUUUUUAGACAUUUCUGCAAACGUAGGGGUUAUUCGGCUGUCCGCAUAGAAGAACCCUUUUUGGUUCCAUGUAGAACCCUUUACCCCUCGACAUGGAACCCAAAAGGUGUUUUACCUGGAACCAAAAAGGUGUUUUACCUGGAUCCAAAAAGAGUUCUUCAAAGGGUUCUCCUAUGGGGACAGCCAAAUAACCUUUUUAGGUUCUAGAUGGCACCUUUUUUUCGAAUAGUGUAGUCCAUAGCGUUCUAAAGUUCGAGCUAAAAGUCUGAUGGCACCAGUUGCCAUAUCGCCUAUAACUCAAUUGCCAAUUUCUCAGCCUCUGAAUAUCACAGAAACACAAGACUUUGAAUGAAUAACAGAAACAUGUUAAUGACAAGAUCCUAUGGCUGAAAUUGAUCAAAACAUGGAAAAGCAUGCAAAAAUGUAUAUUUUAAACAUAAGAUUUGACUAUAAAUGUGUUAACAUUUUUUUUUUUUUUUUAUUGUGUUGUGUUACAAAGGGUUAAUGAAAGAAAGUAUUACUAUUUGACACUGCCUCUGCAAUCAUUAUCAGUUUGGGUACAGUACAUGGACUUCUUGAGGAAAUUGAAAUCAAAGGUUACUGCAGUGCAAAGACGCCCUCAGUUUCCUCAGCUAGUCAGCAGUUCAAGGAAACGCGCACUUUUUUCCGGGUUGUAAUUCGAGCAUUCUUCUGUCGGCUACCUAUACGGUUUCAGUAUGGACUUUUUCGCAAGAUCUUAAAGGGUCAAUAAUAGUUAAAUCAAUCAUGAUACUGAGGACUGUAAGUGGCGUUCUUACAGUAAGGAUUUUUCUAGCAAUCAUGGUGCAGCCUGUUGAGAACAUGGUGUACACUCUGCCAUACACACCAGACUCUGACGGAUCCUGCCGCAACAAAACAGCUGAAUACCAUAACACAGAUGUAAACCUGUGCUGCAGCAAGUGUACUUCUGGGACACGCCGGAAAGUUGAAUGCAGCUCUACCUCAGACACGGCGUGUGAACCAUGUCCUAGUGGCCAGUACAGCGGGACCUUUAAUUACUUCUCAAAAUGCUUCAGAUGUUCCAAGUGUUCAGCAGACAAAGGACUGAUGUAUGUCCAGAAGUGCUCCAGCACCACCAAGCCUCAGUGUGCGUGCCGGACUGGGAUGUACUGCGUACUGAACCAACACCCGGACUGUAAGGAGUGUGCCAGUUAUACAUACUGCAAGCCUGGUCAUGGGGUCUCUGUAGAAGGGACAGCAGAGUCAGAUGUGGACUGUGCAUCAUGCCCCAAUGGAACCUUCUCUGACCAGCUCUCCUACACCCAGAUCUGCCAGCACCACACAGAUUGUGUGUCUCAAGGGAGGAACGUACUGACUAACGGUACAGCUACCACCGAUGCGGUGUGUGAACCGAAGGUAAAUGGACGACCGGUCUCCAUCCUCCAAACCACCACACCUCCAAGCCCACCGACCACAAUGCCAUCCUCUGGUAAAGGGCAUACCACAUCAAGUCUACAGAGCAUGGAUAUGUCUACAGUACAAACCACCCGAGGCUCAAAGCUGACAUCUAGUCCCUCUGAUCCACGAGUCAUCGCUCCAACGGAAGAAAAAUCAGCAGUCGUUGACCUUUGGAUAGUUGCAGGUGCUAUCGGAGGUGUCAUGUUCCUGCUGCUGAUCACAGGCACUAUCAUUUACAAGAAAGCCUUCACUAAGUUCAUACGUGUAUCUUCUACAGAAGAUAUAAAUGGAAAUUCUGAGAAGGAGGCCAUUAAAUGUCUGCUGGGGAAAGGAGACUGCAGUAAUGUCGGUCAGGCAGAGACCCAGCAGGAUGCUAUUAAGACCUGGUCAGGCUCAGGGUGCUCCACCAGCCUGGAGGGCGUGUCAAUAAGCCCCAUCCAGUCCAUCCUUCCACAGCCCAGCAUCCUGGCCAGCAACCCCCAGCCCAGCCCCCAAUCCACCAGCCCUCUGGCAUCUGUCCCCCUAGUUAAUGUCAACAUCACUGUUACCUACCCUGUGGACAUAGGAAAUGAGUUAUGCUCCAGACCUACCAGCACCCAGAUAGACUCACCACAAGCUGACCCCAGGGCCCCUUUAUCAAGGGAGGAGGAGGUGUAUGUGAACAUGCCACAGCGAGAGGGUUGCAAAGAGACACUUACGGCAGUACAGGAGUUUGGAAAUGAUGUAUGAGGACUGGAAGCAUCUAGGGGAGGAUCAGACAAUAGAUUGUGUUUUAGUGAUGUUUUUUUCACUAUGACUGUUGUCUCUGUUGUUAUAUGGUUGCUACUUGACGUACUGGUGGUGACUUUGUGUUGGUAGAGAGAGACAGAAUGACUGUUCAUGCGCCUCAGGUAGGAUUUCCCAAACUUUGUACAUUUGCAUAAGUUAUACCCAGGGAGGGUCCCAGGACCGAGUUUGGGAAACCCUGAUAUAAUGUGCUGUCUGUGCUGGAAAGUCUUGAACACCUGAUUUAGAUGGUCAGCGACUGUUUGAAGAAUUAUUGAUAAGUGAAUGAGGUAUGCAAUUACUGUGAAUGUUGUUGUAAGUAUACUGUAAAUGUUACACGGCUCAAGGUAUCCCAAAACCUUUCAUCAAAAGUAGGCAACAACCUUUCGUAUACAUGCCAUACUUUUUGGGGAAUUCAUUAUGGCCUGUGCCACAUGAGAAGAUUUCAUUUGUAUUCUUAUGAGAGGAGAGCAUGCCUAUACUUUUCAGAGUAAGGUUUUUUUUGUCUCUAUUUUAAUCAAACUGAAAUGGUAGACUAAAUGAAACUGCUUUGUUUAUGGGGGUUUUUGGCCUACACCUGUUGAAUCGUGUGCUUUCACUCUGUAAAUAAGCAGCAACUGACUGGUAACAGAUCAUAUGAGUAAUACAUUCAAAACAUCAGCUCAGUAAGAAGUUAAGAAUGAUGGAUGAGACAUUUUUGUACAAAGGGUUUUGUUUUUCUAUACUACUAUCACCACCUACUGGUGGAACUAAAUCUUUUUUUAUUACAGUUUAUGCACAUAAUGAUUUAGUAUUAUCCAGCAACUAUAUUUGGAUUAUUAGAGUGGCCUACAGUAAAAGAAUGUAAUAAAAAGGUUGAAAAGUUGAUUGAUGCUCCAAUAGGUACACACAGCAAAGUGAUGUUUUCAACUAAAUUCACGCAAGGGGGGGUGAGCGGAGUACGGAAGCAAUCUUUCCCCAUUGAAAGCAGUGUAGCCAAGCCUGAUUUCAAGCAUUAACGACAUACAUGUUUUGGGGGGGGGGGGGGGUAUUAUAACUGGAUUAUAGCUCCUGUCCAAAUGCCGUGAAUUAUAUAUACUGUGCAUGGCAUAGUCCCCAGUCAACUCCAUUACACUCAGAAGUUACUUAAACCAGUGAAUGCUAGUGAUGGCUAGCUAUGCUACCAGUCUGUCUUAAUGAGUGUUAGCAUGCUAAUAGCACACCAUGUACACAGAAAUGUAUAUUUUUAAGGGGUAUGCAGUAGGUUGAUCACUAUGUCACCAAAGUAUGUUGUAUCAUCAGACAUGUCAAAUAACAUUCCCAGCUAAUGAGAAAACAGCCAUUGGUAUUUCAUUUAAGAGAAUGAACAAGAUUUAACAAGGCAACCUUGGGGCUAAUUUGAAUGGGCAACAACAGCAGAUUGAGGGAUUUUUACAUCCGUACCUCAGUACGACCCACUUGACCGCAGUCAACAUCCCUCCGUGAGGGACUGUCCAGUAGACACCAUUCCCUUCCUUAUUGUGUUAAAUGCGUUGUUAAUAAAAAAAAAUAAAAGCAGUUUAAUAUUUA